CCAGGUGAACUUCAACCUGCCACUAAAGCAUACCACAAAAAUAUAAAAGAACUUGAAAAGGAAGUCAAAAGAGAUGCCCCAAAGGCUGUAUUUCUUCAGACUAGGACAUUAGGGAAAUCUAAGGAAAAUGAAAAUGAGCAUACAUCUGCUUCUAUGAAUGGAAAACAGAAUUCCCCUUUUCUUCCUAAAGAUAACGAACAACUUUCAUCUGACAGCAAAACAAGUAGGGAAAAGGAAAAUGAUGUUCGUUCUUCAUCCAUUUCUCAUCAGCAAGACAAAGUCUUAUCUGGGACCAUGUUUAAUGCCUGUGAAGAACCAUCAUCAGGAAAAAAAACACUGCAGAAUUUCCGAAACACCCCAGAAGCCUUUAAACCAGCAAAAGGCACAAUUAUUACAGAAGUGAAAUGUGGGGCUUUCAGCGUGCAAGUAGAAAUCAAGAACAGAUUUUUCUUCCCAACAAAAAGAUGUCGAAAAUGUCACCAGCAUUACUCUUCUAGACACACUCAGAGAUGCUACACUUCUAGAAGCUGCUCUUCUAGAUAUAGGAAUACACUGGUAGAAGAACUAAAGCCUGAGAUGCCACCUAAAUCGGAAGAAGUUGCCAGAACAGAGAGACCCUCACUAAAAGUAAGCGUUGUAGGCAAAGGGAUUAAAGUUAAAUAUAUGAGUAAGAAACAAAAUAUAUCCAUUAAUAUAACCCAUCCUAAAAGAAGGGGGGAAAUGGCCAAAUACAGAAACACUUCCUCCAAUUAUACUACUAAAGAAUGUUCCAGGUCUUCUGCACAAGCUGAUAUUAGACACCCUGAAAAAUGGCAGCUUGAGAAGAAGCAUCAGAGUUCAGAUGGUUUAAAUAUCUCUCCUCCUAUUGUGUUUGCUGUCCAGAAGGAGAAAAAUGUUGAUACAAUUGUGGAUUUUCUGUGCUCAACCCCGGAGGGGGAGAAGAUUAAGCCUGAUACAAUAUCUUCAGUUUCAGAUGACGAUGAGAUAGAAUUGGCCAUCACUCAGCAGGAGGACUUGAAAAUUAGUCAGAACAACCUCAGAAAGAAACCCUUCUUCUCCAAGACUGACACUGUUCUCGAAAAUGUUCUUCCUACCUCACAAGAUACCCUAAAGACCACAAGUUUAAGUGAUACAAACUUAAGGGAAAUGCCUUUUGAGGAUCUCAAGGAUGUGGACAGAGAGAGAAAAGCCAUCUCUGAGACGUCAGAAAAUCUCAUAUCAGACCUACGUAGGAGGCAAAGCACAGAGGGAAGGCAUUUUACACCGAGUGCCAUUACUGACAUCUUCUCCAUUCAAGAUGGCCAAGACUUUGACUUUUGUUCUUCAUCUUUGGUGAGCAUGCAGCUUGUAGGGGAGAAGGCAGCCAGCAUUUAUUGCAAAGGCAGCAAAAUUCCACCUGCAGAUUGUUGUGAGGCAUCAAAUUCUUCAUCUCUGCCUUCCAGUCCAAGUGCUCUGAAGUCCUGCACCUCAUUCAGCCCAUCCCACAAAGCCACCAGACCUCCAGAACCUAAAGAAAUCCCUGGGGAGACAUUUUCCUUUGAUCACCGGGCUGACUUUUUGAAAAACUGUGAGGCUGACAGAGACUUUCACAAAGCCACUUUACAUAGUGACUCUCCUACAAAAGCAGAGCAAGUGGGGGAACCGAAGAGGACGCAGGGCCCGACGCUCAGCCCUGCAUCCUCCAGCAGCCUCUCUGCUGGCAGCCCGCUCAACGCCAACAGCCACAGCAGAGGGGACUGGGGUCCAACGAAAUCCCAGGCCAGUCAUCCAGAGAUAGCAGCUGCCAGCAAAACAACAGAGCUAGUCCUGACCUUAAUAACUGAUGAGUUAGAGCAAAGAUUAAUUAUUCAAAACGAUAAAGGAGGCACAGUUUAUUCCAAUUGUCCCAUGGGAACGAAAAUUCCUAAAGACUCACCCAGCUCUCUGGGAGAGGGUGAAAAAGACAAAUGCCCAGAAAUGCUAGGAGUAAAGAAUGCAUGCCGUAGAGAUUUUGGAGACCUAGCAAAUGAGAAUCAUGACAAAGUUGGUUUUCAAAUGGAUUUCCCGAACACCACUGAGUUCAACUGCGCAGCAUGUGCUACAGAUAAUCAGUUUGUCAUCGAGGAAACACUGACCAGUGAUGCAGAGCAAUAUGGUAACCAAGAUGAAAAGGGCCUUGGACUAACCAGCUUUAAACAGGAGCCAGCAGGGUGCCAAAGGAUUACAUCAACAGAGCCAAAUUCCGAAGAAGACAGAAAUGAUCCAAAGGAAACUUUCUAUCACCAAAUAGACAUAUUGCUGUCGCCUCAGAAGCAGAAAGCCUUGACAGAUUGGAAUUUGGAAAUAAAUAACCUCCGCAAGUUAUCCCAGGAACUGGCUCCAAGAGGUACACGGGCCAGUGAUGGUUCCCAGGAAGAAGCAAUAGACCAGUGGGCCAGAAGGAGGCAGCAGUUCAAAGAUGGCAAAAGAUGCAGCUCAGCAGGAGAGAGUUCAUUUGCCAGCAACAUCACUGAAGGAUCCAUCACCUCAGAAGAUGGCUGUUCUUUGGAUCUUGGCUUUCGAGUUGAUCUUGAGGAAAAAGGAUUCUACACGGAGAAUUUCCACUCAGCAGCGUGGGUUUUCCGAGGAGAUGAUGGGGAUCCUGAGGACAGUCCCAGAUGUCUUAGUAAAAAACCCCGACCGGUAGCUGUUCGAGAGCGAACCGUGAAGCUGUUCAAAGGAACCGGUGAUUAUCCCUGGGGAUUCCGAAUUGAAUUCUCCAAGCCAAUCGUGGUCACCGAAGUGGAUGCUAACAGUGCUGCAGAGGAAGCCGGCCUCCAGAUGGGAGACGUGGUGCUGGCUGUCAAUGGCACGGAGGUCACCAGCGUGGAGCAUGCAGAAGCUGUGCACCUUGCCAGGAAAGGUCCGGACAUCUUGACCCUCGUGGUGGGAUCUGACAUCAGUCGCUGUCCCAAUACUCCUUGGCCCACCUGCCGCGGCUACCUCCAUAAGAGGACUCACUCGGGCUUUGUGAAGGGUUGGAGGAAGAGGUGGUUUGUGCUGAAGCAUGACGGCUGCCUCCACUAUUACAGACACAAGAAGGACGAAGGAAAAUGCCCGCCUCUGGAAAUAAUAAAAUUAGAAGGUGCAGAAGUUGGCAUGGAUAGCAGUUUGGGAAAACCAUUUGUGUUUAACUGUGUGCCUCAGUCUGGAAAUCGAGCUUUUUGCCUCUGUGCAACGUCGAACCAAGAAAUGAAAAGGUGGCUUGAGGCAAUGGACAAAGCAACCCAUCCUGUCCGCCAGACCCAUGUCUGGGAAGAUGUCACUCUGCACAACAGUAGCCUUCCACCCCUGGCUAUCAAGAACCCGGAGUGCCUGGGCCUUUUGCACCAAUUGGACAGAAGCACAGAUAUGUGGGUCCAGCACUAUUGCAUUCUGAAGGACGGCUGCUUGUACCUCUAUGCUAGCAUUCGCUCCACCCAGGCUUCAGGUGGCCUGUAUUUACAAGGAUAUAGGGUGAACGAGCAGGCCCUAAGCUCCAAGCAGUCAGUAAUUGAACUCAAACCUCCAUCUGAAGAGUUCAAGACUUUCUAUUUCUGUGCAGAAAAUAAGACCGAAAACCAACGCUGGAUUACAGCUCUGAAAAUGUCUAUCAAAAAGUGGCUUCCUUUGCAUCAGGCUAUUCAAGACUUCAUGAAUCGACCUCUAGAAGAGACUAGAAUGUGAAAGAAACCCUAAUCUUAAGAGAAGGGACCCACAAAAUCAUCACCAACCAAUAUGGGAAGAAACAAAAAUAUGAUUUCAUUAUAUAACAUUCAACUGAGCAUUUCUCAGAUACACUAAAACUUUGUGGUAAGAUUAUACUUUUGUUUUUGAACCAAAGCACGGAAAUCUAACCUGACAAUCUAUAACAAUAUUGUUAAUACCCCCACAUUUUUGCCCAUCAGGCUGUAAGUGUUAGCAUCAAAAUAUAGUAUGUCCCUUACCCCUGUCUUUUGAAAGCAUAAAUACAAUAAAAGUUGAUUUAUUUUCUCUUUUGUA